AUGCUGUCACCUCCAAGGUUCUCUCUUAUCCUGUCAGCUCCCGCAAUAUGUCACCAAGCCCUGACCUCCAUCGAGGUAAAGAUUGCAUCAGCGUCCUGGCAGCACUCUGGACGCCCUGAUUCGACGGUCACUCGCUUGGCUAGGCCGCUGCUGUGUAGAGGAGCCUGUGUCACCUCGAGUGGGAGGAUGCGCGACUCUUAUACAACGCGAGGCGUGGUGAGGCGAGGCUCUAUACGAGCCACGCUGGCCUGCAAUUAUGAGUACGAGUUGGUGUCUAAAGACCGCUGA